AACAUUGGAGGAUCAUCUUGGGCAUCUUCGAUGAGUGUUGGAGAUGCUCCGCUGCGCCAAGUACAAGGCCAACCGCGACAAGUGCGAAUUUGUCCAACAAGAGUUGGAAUACUUGAGCCAUUUGUCACACCGGAGGGCAUCAGUCCGCUAUCGGACAAGAUUCAAGCCAUCCAAGAGUGGCCGAAGCCUCGGAACGUCACGAAUGUUCGUUCGUUCCUUGGCCUCGCCGGCUACUACCAGCGUUUUAUCAAAGGCUACUCGAAGAUCGCGGCCCACUUGACCAAGCUUCAAUGCGAGGAUCGGUCGUUCGACUUCGGAAAGGAGGCGCGCGAAUCAUUUUUAGCUCUCAAAGCCGCGCUAUUGUCUGCGGAGGUCUUGCGGAUAUACAAGCCGCUUUUGCCUACGCGCGUCACUACGGAUGCGUCAGGCUAUGGCAUUGGUGCUGUCCUCGAGCAAUAUGAUGGUGUGGACUCGCACCCGGUCGAGUAUUUCAGCAAGAAAGUGCCCGUCGUGCAUUCCAUUGACGAUGCACGCAAGAAGGAGCUCCUCGCCUUCGUCCACGCAAUCAAGCGGUGGCGACACUUCUUCCUUGGGCGUCCGGAUCAUUGUACCGCGGUCUACUCAACCUUCAAGAUCGACGAUGACCUGCGGAACAGCUUCAUCCGCGGCUACCAAGCCGACCCUAGGUUCUGCGACAAGCAAGCGAAUUGCUCCUCUCCUAAUCCGGCGCCUUCUCACUACCGGAUCCAAGAGGGGUACUUGCUUGUCCACAUACGGAGGAAGGACCUUCUUUGCGUACCAAGUGAUCCUCACUUGCGUACACGGCUUCUUGGCGAGUUCCACGAUGUUCCCGCCACCGGACACUUUGGAGUCAAUCGCACGAUUGGCCGACUUCGCGAGCGAUUUUGGUGGCCCGGCCUUCUCGGCGACGUCACAUGCUAUUGCGAGUCAUGCGAGGUUUGCCGACGCUGCAAAUCCCGCAACCACCGUCCGUACGACGAGUUACGACCAUUACCGGUCCCUUUGAGGCGAAGGGAAGCGAUUGCCAUGGACAUCAGCGGCCCGUUCCCCAAGCACAAGACCGGCGUGGAUGAGAUUCUCACGGUGGUCGACCGACUCACCAAGUUUGAUAUGGUUUUGCCUUGCCGCUAUCAUGCCAAGGCAGUUGGCCGAGGUUCUCUACUCCGGUUGGAUUCGAACCAAGGGUUACCCCAAGGAAAUCGUCUGCGACCGUGACACUCGGUUCAUGUCCGAUUCUUGGUUGGCGCUCAUCAAGCGAUGAGGCUCAUCUCUCAAGCCCAAUUCAGCUCG